GGUAGUCUCGUUCAAUCAUUCGACGAGUCAACACGUAAUCUUUUAAUUAUUUGAAGGGCUUAAUAAUAAAGGUCAAUUUACAAUGAUUAGAAACAUUUUGGUGAUUAUAUUACUGGCUGGAUGUAUUUUUGGGGAUGAAUACCAUAGCCACCACAAGCCAUCAACUGUGAAAAAAUCUUCCAAUGUUAUCAAUGAGCAGGAAAGAACCACAAAAUAUUGGGUUAAUCAAGCUCAAGACACUCUUAAAAAAAUUGUAAAUAAGAAGCUUAAUACAAAAAAUGCUACAAACAUUAUUAUGUUCUUGGGCGAUGGAAUGAGUUUCUCGACUGUGGCUGCAACUAGGAUGUACUUGGGUGGUGAAGAAAAGAAGCUGUCUUUUGAAGAAUUCGAGUAUACUGGAUUUUCUAAGACUUACUGUGUGGAUGCUCAAGUAGCCGAUUCAGCAUGUACAUCGACUGCUUAUCUAAAUGGAAUCAAAACAAAUUACGAAGUAAUUGGAUUAAACGCUAAAGCAACUGUUGCAGAUUGUGAUGCUCAACUUGAUGAUAAAAUUUGGACAGAAAGUAUUUUGAGAUGGGCACAAAAGUCACACAAAGCAACAGGAAUAGUAACAACAACACGUAUUACUCACGCUAGUCCAGCUGGUGGGUAUGCACACGUCUCCGAACGCGACUGGGAAAAUGAUCAUGAAGUUUCCUUAAGUGGAUGUGAUCCAAACAAAGUUGAUGACAUUGCCGAGCAGCUCGUCUACAACGUCGAAGGAGCCAACUUUAAAGUCAUUUUGGGUGGAGGUCGUGCAAAUUUCAUUAAUCAAACUGAAAAGGAUGAAGAAAACAACAAUGGAAAGAGACAUGAUGGAAAGAACUUAAUUAAUGUGUGGAAAAAUGAACGAUCAAAAUUAGGAAAGGCUGAAUAUAUUUGGAAUAAACAGCAACUUGAUUCUCUUGACUAUAACAAUACAGAAUAUCUACUUGGUCUUUUUGAGCAUGAUCACAUGAGAUACAAUAUGGAUGUGAAAGCACAAGGUUUAGUUUUGGAACCUUCACUUUCGGAUAUGACAAGUGCAGCUAUUAAAAUGUUACAAAAGGAAGAUGGUGGAUAUUUCUUGUUCAUUGAGGGAGGAAUGAUUGAUCAAGCUCAUCACUAUAAUUAUGCACAAAUAUCAUUAGAUGAGACUAAGGAAUUUUCUGAUGCCAUUGCUCUUGCAAGGAAGAUGACAAACGAGGAGGACACACUUAUUGUUGUGACAGCUGAUCACUCACAUGUUUUUACAUAUAGUGGAUAUCCUGAACGAGGAAGUAACAUUUUUGGAGCCGUUGAAGUUAGUGACAUAGAUGAACUUCCAUACGCAACAUUAAGUUACGCCAAUGGACCUGGUUUCGCUCAUACAUUUGUAGACGGAAAACGUGUGGAUCCAAAUACUGUUGGAAUGGAUGAUCCUAAAUUCCAAUAUCCAGCAACAGUGCCAAGAGAGAAAGAUACUCAUGGUGGGGAGGAUGUCGCAGUGUACGCAUCAGGACCAAUGGCACAUCUAUUUAGUGGAAAUUAUGAGCAAAAUACAAUUCCACUCAUCAUGGCUUAUAUCAUGAAAAUUGGACCAUAUGCGGCUGAAGAGAAAAGUGCAUCAUGUGCGAUAAUGCCAGUUUUUAUGCUCUUAUUAUCUAUGUUGAUAAUAAAUAAGUUGAUUAAGUAAUUUAUGACAGGAAAUUAUUUGUUUUAUAGCCAUUAAGUAUUAAAAAGUUUUGAGAUUCAGUGAUAAAUUAUUUUAAAGUGUAAAUUUUUUGUGAAUAAAUGAAGGAUUUGAAAUAAGAA